AUGCAGAUAUCCGGUCUCUUGGGCCUUCAAAGCGUUUUAUUCAACAGUAACUACUUGGAACCUAUAGUUACAACGACUGUGAAAACCAAUGAAUACAGACCAGUGGUCAUCUGGCACGGCCUCGGAGAUAAUUACAACGCCUCUGGGAUACACAAGGUCCAAGAGCUCGUAAGUGACUUGUAUCCGGGUAUUUUCACUUACUCAAUCUACAUUGACGAGGAUCCUUCUGUCGACCAGCAGAGAUCCUUAUUUGGAGACGCGAAUAAACAAGUUGACCAAGUAUGCCAACAAUUCCAAGAAAUCCCAGAGUUGGCGUCUGCAGAGUCCAUCGAUGCUAUUGGAUUCUCUCAAGGCGGAGUGCUCCUUCGAGGCUUGAUUGAAAGGUGCCCCGGUGUUCGAGUUAACAAUUUCAUCACGUUUGGUAGUCCGCACAUGGGAGUAAUGGAAAUGCCAUUGUGCAAAAACGAUAAGGAUUGGAUAUGCAAGAGAAGAAACCAGUUUUUGAAACGACAGGUUUGGUAUGACAAUGUCCAGAAAGCCAUUCUUCCUGCUCAAUACUUUAGAGAUCCAUUUAACUUGGACGAAUACCUAGAGCACUCUUACUUCUUGGCCGAUAUAAAUAAUGAAAGGACGACUAAAAACUCAACUUACUCAAAUAGGUUUGCCAACAUCAACAAGUUAUUGUUGGUGACCUUCACCAAGGACACCACCGUUGUGCCAAAGGAAAGCGCAAUGUUCUGCGACGUGGACGCCAACUCGAAGCAAACGGUUCCGUUUGAUCAGACCGAGUUGUACCUCAAGGACUAUAUUGGGUUGAAACAAUUGCACGAGCGAAAUGCAAUUGAAUUUUUCACAAUCGAAGCUGA